AUCUUCUAUCUCUUUUUAAAACCAACUAAUGUGCUAUUUAGAUAAUCCGAUUUAUUCUCCAAUUUCUCCCACGAAUUAUUGUGGAAGGAAUUUAACUAUUUAUUUUGAAAUUUAACAUCCAAAUUAAUUGUGUGUAUUAAAAUAAAACAAAAUGGUGUUGACUGCGGACGUUAAUCUUCCGGAAGAAUCGGAAUUGACGGUUCCCGAGCUGCAAUUAUCAUCGCCAGCUCUGUUCGCUGGUUCUUUUCAUUUAGGAAAAUAUUGUGAACAAGCCAAUAAUGAGUUCAUGCUCUGUCGCUUGGAGGAGAAUGAUCCACGUAAAUGUCUCAAAGAAGGCAAGGCGGUCACUGCUUGCACCAUGGACUUCUUCCGCAAAGUGAAGAAGUCUUGCCUGCAGGAGUUCAACCAGUACACCAACUGUAUUGACAAGAGCUCCGGAGACUUCUCCUUGAAACAAUGCCGCACGACCCAAAGUGUUUUUGACAAGUGUGUGCUAGACAAGAUGAACAUUGAACGCCCAGCAUUCGGAUACUUCUGUGAGGCCCGGGUGCAUGAGACUAAGAGGCCAAAGCCAUUGGAGGAACCGAAGGCGGUCUACCCAGACGCGACUCCCGCGCUACCAGAGUCUGCCGAAAAGAAACCAGCGAGAUUCGGUUCUCGUUUCUACUGGAUGACCGAAUAAACGACAUCGGUCGUGCAUUGAAACCUACAGAUUGAGGUUAUGUGUGUCAAAAAAAUAAUGGAACAAAUUGGCGGGAAUUAUUUUCACCGUGUAAAUAGCAAAAUAAACUUUCUCUCAAGGAAGA